AUGGAUGCUUCGCUAGAGAUAGAUAAACUCUCGGUGAGUGAGACGGAGAACGAAAUCAUCGAACUCGAACGGCGUCUCGCCGAGGCCAGAGAUCGGCUCGCGAGAUGCGAGACCAACGACAACCAUAAGACGCCGUCGACUUCUCAGGCACAGAGCCAGCAUCCAAUCGUCAUCGCCAAAGAGAAACCCACCCUCACCCUUUUCCACCUCUACCCAGACGACCCAUCCAACCACUUCCUCCUCCUCCUCUCCGACUCCGCCCUCCCCCUCGGCUCCUUCGCCUUCAGCAGCGGCCUCGAGUCCUUCCUCGCCCACACCGUCCACAUCCCCGCCACCCGAGCCUUUGCCUCCUUCUUCCCCGAGUCCGUCUCCUCCUUCGCUGCCACCAACCUACCAUUCGCCCUCGCCGCCUACGAUGAUCCUCGCGCCCUCUCGGCCGCCGCGCUUCCACAGCGCAGGGUCGCGCCCUCCUCUCUGUGGGAAAAGUCGUUUUCGCCCCCGCUCCGCGACCCCGCUCUCAGCGCCUUUGCGGUUGAAGUCAAGAAGAGCGCGAGGACCGGUAGCGGCACCGGCGCCGGCAGCGGGUGCGGGGACGAGGUGGGCGUGGCGCAUGGCCACCUAGCCCCCGUGUUCGGAGCGGUGGGCAAGGCCGCCGGCAUGUCGAGGGAGAAGACGGCGUAUGUGUUUGUGCUCGGCCACGUCAAGGCUCUGGUAUCGGCAGCCGUCAGGGCUGGCGUGUUGGGUCCGUACAAGGCACAGGCGGAGUGGGAUACCAAGCCCGAGGAUGCUGGGCAGACGAUACCCGCUACGGAUCUGUGGAUUGGGAGGCACGAAGUUUUGUACUCGAGAAUCUUCAACAGCUAG